UAUGUAUAUAUUAUAGGUUUCACCGUUUUGCGUACUACGCAUAUAUAUUUUACUAUUAUUAAAUACUAAGACGAUAGAAAUUUGUUUAGAAAAUUUGUUACUGGAAUAUUUUUACAUCUUGUUAAUGUUUUGGUUAGCUGUUUCAAAAAUUAUAAUUAAGCGUUUAACAGUUAACCAUUUUUAAUAAAAAUAUUUUUGGUUCUCAAUGAGAUGGCAACGUUUUUACGAACCAAGUGUUUUGCACCUCCACAUCUGUUGUUGAUGUCCUAUCAGUUGUUUUUAAGAAAUUAACUAUAGUGCUGUGAAAUUUUGUAAAUAGUUAGUAAAAAUGCCAACCCGUCCCUAUAUAAGAAAGGCCCAAGCAAAAAAGGCUAAAAAUGCGUCACAAGAUGACCGCUGUACUAAUGAUGAUAAAUCACAAAUCGCUAAGCCAAGUACGUCAAGGAAUGUCGCUGUUAACACUUUAGAUAGAAUGUUACUUUAUAACUCCGAUGAGUUAAAAUUACUUCAAAAGCAUUGCUUAUUUCCUGCAUUCAAUGUGGGGAGACACCCACUUGACAGCGCAAAUGAAUUUCGCUUGUAUCCAAGUUUCAAUGUUUCCAUGCCAUGUCCAAUUUAUAUCGCUAGCAGUCAUUACGAAAAUGUAGAUAUAUGCCACCGUCGCACAAUGGCAAGAGAGAUAUAUCGCAAGCGUUUGCACACAUCACGGACACGUUACCAAACAGUUCAAAAAGUUAAAAAGUUCAAGACUAACUCCAAGGAAGAUAUUUAUCAUAAUUCAUUGUUUGAAUUGGCCAAACGUUUGGAAUGUGAUCCUGAUCCGUACUUUCACGGCAGUUACGAUUAUUACUACACUGGAGGAAAUCUUUGUAUAUUGGGAGAUGGACAGCAUGUGCUGCAUGUAGAUGGUAAUAACCUCGACAGCCUACAUUUGGGUGUGUUUCCGAUGUUAAGGAGUUUUACUAGCAGUUUUCUCGAUCCUAUCAGUUCGCAGCAAUUAGAUAGCGAAGUGUUUGAGGUACGUUCCAUACAAAAUCUACAUGCCGAUUCUUCGAUGUCAUUUGCUUUGCGCCAACGCAACCGCGUCUAUUUAUACAGUAUUCUUUCCACUGGAAAAAUGAAAGCUCUCACACUAUUCAAGUCAACUUCUACGCCAUUUAUUAGUUUCGCACAGUCCCCGAUCGAUAUGAGUACAUUUAUUAUGACCACAAUGAAGCAAAGUGUGCGAGUGUAUGAUGUGAAUUCUCGAACACCGACACUCACCGCCACCCACGACGUUUGCAGUAAAGAUGAUGCUAUGCGAAUAAGUUGGAAUAUGGUACGACCAUGGCAGGGUCAAACAUUUUUAUAUGCAAACGAAAAGAAAUUCUUAGUGAUCGAUACGCGCACCACACCGGAGCAGUGGUUAAAGAGUUGUAGUUUUGAUGACACGUCCACGUAUGGUUGUGAUUUGAUAUCAACGAUUGCAAAAAGUGAAUUUCGCGAUUUGGCAUACGUGGCAACUAACCAUAAAUUGCAUUGCCUAGAUUUGCGCUGCUUAGGUGGCAACAUGGAAUCAGGCUCUACCGCAGUUUGUCGCUGGACGCAUCAGUUAGAAUAUGCACCUGCUUUUAUAGAAACAUAUCAGUUGGGCGCUGUAGAGCUUAUAGCACUUAGUAGCGCCUUAGCAGAUGACAUGUGUAUUUGUGAACUCACGCGUGAGCAUGCAGCGCAAAUGGUCGAGGAAGAUGAAAAAAUGGUCGCUAAAUCACCGGGGAAGGAACCAACAAGAAAAAGUGUGUACAAGUCUUACUGCUUGCCAUAUCAACCACCAACAUUACAGGACGCUUACUACCAGGCGCGUUUUGCCGGUAAAUGUUUGCAGCCUGACGCAGACUUAUCGACUCGUAUAUCACGUUGCAGCACGGGUUUGGCUUUCUACGAUACCGCAACUUUUGCAGAGUGUAUUGGUGAAGAAGAUUGUGAUACGUUUACAUUAUUGCUUAGAUCAAAUUCUAUUGGUGAUGUGUUUGCCCAUCGUUUAAUUGAGAAGGAUACAGUAGAUCUUGAUACACGCUUAAAGUCCGCAGAUGAGGUGGAAAAUACAAUGCGUGAAUAUGCAAAGCGUGUUUGUGAACUGACGCAGCCAAGACUGAAUUGCACAGAGGUGGUUAAUUUAGCAGCUAUGCGUAAAGUGUUUCGCUGUAAUACUUUAAGCAUUCCACUCAACCUCGAAGAGGAUGAUAAGACCAAAGCAGAUAUAACACCAACCCGAAAACGGGGGUUGGGACGCUGGCAGAAGCCAAUACAAACACUACAUUCCUACAAGGAUGCUUUAGUCCAAGACAUACUCGCCAUUUGGGAUAUUGAUUACGAGGAUGAUAAAAAGGCAGUAUCUUUCUCGCAUAUCAAAAAGGGUUUGGGUGUUAAACCUGAUCCAGCUAGCCUUGUUAGCGACUGGCUAAAUGAAAAUAUUAAAGAAGAAAAACCGAAAUUGCCACAACAAGAGUCAAUGAAUUCGACCAAUAUAUUGCAAAAUAUGCUGUUAGAUUCCUCCGCUAUGACAGUGAUACAUGAAAAUCAUACUUUUAAAAUGGAUACUAUCACUGAUAGCGAGUAUACUUUGAAUGUUUUAAAUACUUCAUUUGAAAGUGAGUUUAUGCCGCAACAUCAAUCAACUCAAGUCACCGAGGCGAUCAUUAAUAUGCCCGCUUCGCCGACUGAACAGAAAGAGUUCAUAUCACUCAAACCGAAUCCGAAGGAAAAGCCGGUUAAAAAGAAGUCGAAAUAUGUUAAAGGAUUUUGAUAAAUCACUUGGCCAGAAAGUAAACAUAUCCGAGCAAAAUAAAAUAUAUA